CGUGUCAGAACAAAGUGCACAACACGAUGGUGGAGAUGAAGUACAAGAUCUUUCUGCAGAUCAUGAAGCAGAGGACGAAGAUGUUGCUGUGGAUAUGCUGCUGAGAGAGCGCGAGCGGAUGCGGAUAAGAGGCAGUUCUACAUCUUCAGGCAGGCGCACAUCUGUGGAAAGAUACACGACGGACACUGCUCCUUUGGCUGAAGAUGUAGAAGAAUUUGUUUCUGACGAUCAUGAUCAUGAACAAGUAGAGGAC